GUAAAUACUUUAAUUAUAUUGUUUUAAAAAAAUAUUUAAGCAUAAUUUCCAGCCUCAAGGAUUUUCUAAUCAGAGUCGAAAUUUUUGGGGUUACACCGUAUCAAUAGCAACUCAUGAAAACACUAUCGUUUUAUUCAACAAGACAUUCAAAAUGGAUAUCAUGUGGAUCUGUUUUUUCGUUCUGUUCGUUUUCUGCUGCUUGUUCCUGCUCCUGUUUUUCUACUACGAUCUAAAAGAGUUCUGCGUAAAGCCGAAAGAAAGGUCGCUGAGCUUCGCUUCCGGUUCCUACCUCUGCGACUGGACCUCGUCAGCCGGUGUAAGGGGAAUGGUAUCGAGCGGAGGAGCGUCGACGCCGACCCACAAGGACCACCACCUCCAGCACAGCACCACCAUGCUGCAGCCCAUCAUUACCGAAAUCAAUUCUCUUCGGAUUAUUCUAGCGAGCGCUUCGCCCCGCAGGAAGCAGAUCCUGGAAAAUGUCGGCAUGAGUAUCGAAGUUGUGCCGUCAACUUUUGAAGAGAACCUGGAGCAGAGCGCUUUCCCGACCCCGGCCGAUUACGCGAAAGCGACGGCCCGUGGCAAGGCCAUCGAAGUGGCACGACGGCUGGGAGUCUCCGAAAAGCAGAGCGGGGACUCGGUUAAACCCCCUCCGGAUAUUGUUAUCGGAGCGGACACGAUUAUAACUGUGGGUGACAAGAUCUAUGGCAAACCGAAGGACCGAGAAGAUGCCAAGAACACCUUGACGCAACUGUCUGGCAAGUCACACAUGGCAAUAACAGGAUUGGUAGUUGUGACACCCGCGUCCUGGAAAGUUGGGAAGCUGUUUGUGGAAGACAACAAACCACCGCUAUGCGUAUCUGAAUGUCACGAAGUUACCAAAGUAUUUAUGACAGACCUGGCCCCCGAAAUAAUGAACAGCUAUCUGGACUCUGGUGAAUUCAAUGGACGAGCCGGGGCGUAUAGCAUCCAGGGGCUGGCUGGUUCCUUCAUCGAAGCUGUGGACGGUGACUUCUACAACGUUGUAGGGCUUCCAUUACACCGAUUUUGUCGUGAGCUGUUGCAUAUUUGUAUGACUAAACAAGAUUAAGUUUGCUUUUUAACAAUGCAACCCCACAUGAGAAAAUUAAUCCCCUUCUUAAAUCUAUGCCUCUUCUAAAGCUAUUAAUUCAUAAAUUCAAACCCACAUGUGUACAAACACAUGUGCUUACAUACACACUUAUGAACAUGUAUCAAAUUAAGGUUAUUAUUUCAAUGCAAGUUUCAGAACAGUAACAGAAUAUUUAUUGACGGUGUGAGUCAGUACUAAAUCUAGGACCAAAUGUAGUUUAAGAUUCAUUUUGACUGGGUUUCCAUGUCUCACCUGACUGUUUAUUCAUCAAGUAAAAUUGUGUCUCAGGCAAAACAAAUUUUAAAGUGAAGUGUGAGCACACACACUCACACACACACACACACACACACACACACACACACACUCACACUCACUCACACAUACGUAUUUAUAUACCUGAACAAAAUUAGGGAGCUGAAUGCAUAUAGUAAGUAAAAAGUAUAUAUAAGUAUAAUGAUAUAGUCUGCUAAAGAUAAUACAUCGUAACAAGGAGCUUCAUUUUAUGCCAAGCAGUCUGCAGAUCAAAUAACAAAUGCAGUCAGUUCGUAAAAUACCUUGGUAUGUCUUAUGUAUUUCAGGCACAAUAUCAUAAUAUUAUCAGUUAAAAAUUUGUUAGGGGCUUAACAUGUUACAUAUGAAUAUUGUUAGAGGUGACUUAUAGUAAUUUUCCUUGGAUAACUUCAACAACAUUGCUAUCGUUUGAUGUGAGGGUUCUGAUGAUGCUAUCACUGUUCCCUUGAUAUUUUGUGCAGCUAAACACACUCGGGGUUUCAAUGAUUAAACAAUUUUUUUCUUAUAAACGGAGGACAAAAAAGAAACAUAUCUUUGUUUAUGUUUGCUGUGUGUAAAACUAAAUAUUUUACUUUCUCUUUCCUCCUUGCACCUGAAGGGUUAAAAUGAAUGACUAAUCUGAUUAUCUUGCAAAAACAAUCACAAACGGAGAUAUUCUUUCUUUUCCCCUGUUCUGCCUUUUUUCCACCUCUCUACCGAUAAAAAAAGAAACAAACUCGUCUGCGUGCGUGUGUAUGUGUGGGGGUGUUUUACAUUUUCCUUUCAAAAGACGAGAAAAUUGAAGAGAAAGAGAGAGAAAGUUAGAUAGAGAAUCAAGAUUUACCAUUCUCUCUGAGCCUCAUUUAAACUAUUUAUUUGUUUGUUUGGUUUGUUGACGGAUAUAUUCCAGAAUUUUCUUUCUUUCCUCAAUAAAGUAAAUCAUAAAAAUAAUAAAAAAAUUUCUUAUAUCUGUGCAA